UGCGGACACCCACGUGACCAGCCCCGGGCCAGCUCCAGAGCGUUUCCUGCCGCAGGACAUCCUCUUCCUCCCUCGCAGGACCCUGCAGGAAUGGGUUGGAGAAGAGCAGAUAAGUGCCAUUGGACGGGGCAUCUGUGUGUUGCUGGGCAUUUCUCUGGAAGAUACACAGAAGGAACUGGAGCACAUGGUCCGAAAGAUUUUAAACUUACGUGUGUUUGAGGAUGAGAGUGGAAAGAACUGGUCGAAGAGUGUGAUGGACAAACAGUAUGAGGUGCUGUGUGUCAGCCAGUUCACCCUCCAGUGUGUCCUUAAGGGCAACAAGCCCGACUUCCACCUGGCAAUGCCCACGGAGCAGGCAGAGAGCUUCUAUAACAGCUUCUUGGAGCAGCUGCGCAAGACGUACCGGCCGGAGCUCAUCAAAGAUGGCAAGUUUGGUGCCUACAUGCAAGUCCACAUUCAGAACGAUGGGCCUGUGACCAUAGAACUGGAAUCUCCAGCUCCUGGCGCUGCUACCUCCGACCCAAAGCAGUUCAUUAGUGUCCACGGAAGCCUGAAGUUACUUUGUUUGAUGUCCUUGUCACACCGGGCCAUCCUGCAGUGUGAAAAAUGCUUCAGAGGUGCUGUUUUGGGUGUGAAAGAACAGGACAGCUGUCAAAGCUGGAAAAACAACAGCAGAGGAAAGAAAAGACCAGAGCCAAAGGGCCUUCUGAAUCAAGCAAAGAACGAAACGCUCCUCGCAAAGAAGACCGCAGUGCCAGCAGUGGGGCCGAGGGAGACGUGUCGUCUGAGCGGGAACCAUAGGCUGCCGGAUGGAGCUCAGUGCAUUAUCAUUGGCAGAACUGGAUCCUGAAAAAUUCAUGAAAGAUGCUAAGCACCUACACUGCUUUAAGAAUCUGGAACUGAAUUGUGAAAAGGCAGAAAGAAGUAAGAAAUUGGGAACCUGAAGAGCCCUGCAGAAGAAACACACACCAAAGGAACAUUGCUGCUUUCUGUUGUUGCUGUGGUCCAAGGGAGGAGAUGCGUGCUGCCAGGCAGGGAUAGUGCCCUGCAGGGCAGACACCUGCACCUCCCUCACAAGAAGGUUUUGUUAGUUCCUAUGAUGUCUUGGCUUACUUUUGGAACAAGUGGGCUCAACAUCAUUUGUCAUCGAGUUCUCCUUUCACACUGUGGUUCAUUUCUGCUUGUCCACGAUGGGUCUCAAAUGCAUUCAUGCUGUCCAUGUUCUUCCCAACACUGGCCAAGCCAGGGCCUGUGUGUUAAGGUGUAAAGAGAACUGUCACCAAUGAUAAUGUAUUGUGUGAGAACUUUGCAUCUUGUAAAUUUCCUCUUUUUUCUAAAAAUAAAUAAAAAAAAUGAUAAACCUCAA